GGCAUUUUUGUUUGGGUGUAGAAAAGUCAACGUCUCGUCUCUGGAGUAAUGGCGCUUAACUGGGCUGGGUAGCUCUAACUAAUCUGUUACACUACCGAGAGUUUUAACCAAGACGAUAAGAAAAAAAAAAAGACUUGUGCUGUGAGUGCUAUGAAGAGACAGACGAAUGGAUACGAAGAAGUCUUCUUUGUUAGCAUAGAUAGCUAACCUAGCUACAAUUAUCUUCAGCUAUAAAGUCAGUGGUUAGGCACGAAUAUAAGCAGUAAGUAAUGGACGAGGAGAUACAGCAGACACCGGGUGCUCAGAGUCCAGCACACACCGGGUGCUCAGAGACGAUGAGAGCCGAGUUGCUGGACCAAUGCGAGGAACAGUUUGGGCUUUUACAAAAGCUUCAAAAUGAGAUCAUUUUAGCAGACACAGAGUCUGGUGAUGGAGAAACAAGCGAGGCUAUGAAUCGCUUGAAUGCCAUAAUGUUGGAACUGGAACAGUGGCAAGAAAUGGAACCCAAAUUGCUGUCAACAAACCCAGAAAUCUUGCUGACGCUUGGGAAGGAAGAGUUGCAGAGACUCAAUAAUCAGCUGAAGAUGGUCCUCUCCUGCUCCCAAGCCAAGCAAGAUUCUCUGAGGGACCUUUUGCAAAGGGAACAGGCCUGGCUGAAAGAGAAGGAGGAAGUCCUGAGUGCAGUGACUGAGCGAGUAAGCACAUUGCGUGAUGAAAAUGAGAGGCUGUCGGAGCACAGCAUCCUACAGGACAUGAAGAGAAAAAUCACCAAGGUGAAGGAUUACCAUGGCAACCUCAUGGAGACACUGAGUGACAUGCUUGCUGAACAUUUUCCUCUUCCCAGUCAGCAACUGGUUGGCACCAAGAAAAAGAGGGGUGCUGCGGCAGUAUCAGGAACAGCCCUUAUCUCACUGAGUGAGAUUCUUGAGAAGUUAACAAAUAAAACACUGGAGACCCCGCACGAGCCCUAUGUAAUUAUUGAGGAUUCCUUUUGGCCACCGUACAUAGAAAUGCUUCUCCGUAAUGGCAUUGCAGUCAGACACCCAGAGGACUGCAGUAAAAUCAGACUGGAGAAUUUUUAUUGAGUCAGAAGCAUUCUUGUGAAAUAUAUUUAAAUCUUUUACUAUUAUCUUUUGCAAAGAAACGCAUGUAUAGGCUUUUAUUGUUUUUCCUUGUUUUACUGUCUAUUUUAAGAGCUCAGUUUGUUAAAUAAAACGACUUGCAUCA